UAUAUUUGAUUACCAACGGAAAGUGGCCUAAAAACCAAAAAAACGAAUCCCAGUCAUUCAGCUCGCUCUUACGGCUCUUUAAGGGUUAAGAAUAUGUCAAGUAGUAACUGCACGUUCUGUGUAUGUAUGUGCUUGAAGGUUCUGUGUUUGAGUUUUGUACUAAGAAUGAUUACCUGGUUCGUUCUGAAUUUGGGUAGUUGUUUUUUUUGGUCAGAGUUGAAUUGAUGCCCAAUUUCAUUUGGAUUUUCCCGACGGACGUGAAGGGUUUUCCUUCGCAUCUUUAAACUCGAAAGAGUUGUGUCAUUCAAUAGGAAUAUUCGCCCUUUUUGUUUAUUUCUACGGAUUUAUUCAUUCUUUUGUUUUUGGUCUUCCUAGAUAAAAUACCCGGUUUAUCGUGUUCUUUUUCCUCAAUAGAAUUAGCACUUCAUGCCCGGGUGAUAUUGUAAAUAAUUGUAGCGAUAUUUAGAAUGUACUAUGCCCUAUGAUUUUCGUGAACCAACCAGAUCAGCGCACCUACGAAGCUUUAUCAGACAAUUCCAGUAUAAAAACUUGAAAUACAGUAAAGGUGAAACGAGGUUAGUGCAUCAUGCAUUAUCUGUUUUGCUUUUUUUGCAGCAUGGAAUUGAUAGUGCUAAUAGAUUGUAUUCUCAAUACGGAUAGGAUAUGCACGUGACAGCAAUUUAUAUAUAUAUAUUUUUAACCGAACAAAAACAGUAAAAAAAAAAACAAUACGCGUAAAUGAAAACAGAAACCAAACAAUUUAAAUUUGGAAGUAUCAACUUAACCCUUAGGAUUAAACCGUCUACUUUCAAGUUUUGCUCGACUUGUUAAUCAAGGACAUUCAUAUAACAGAAUACCACAUUAACCGCCGCACAAUAUUAGUAUUGGCACACUAACGCAAAUUGCUGUCCCAAAUAAGCUUUUGUGCAAUUAGAAACCCUUACAAAAUUUUUUUUUUUUAACCGAAAGAAAUAAUUUAAACUUCGAGGAUCAAAUCACUUUUGUUUCACCUUAACCUACUCCGCACUUACACAUUAGUUGGUACAUUGACAAUGACUUUUCUAGAGAAAGUUCAACAGUUUGUCUAUGAGCUUAGUACAAACGACAAAUACUCCGAAUUUGAUCCCCGAAAAUCGUUCAAUCGGGUGAAUAAACCGACCUCAGGAGACUCUAAUGCCGAUAGCCAAAACUUGCUUACAUCAGAGAAUGCCCCACAUCCACAGCAAUCUAAUAAUGAAGGCGUGUACGAAGCAAGGUUGGCUUGGCGACACAUUAAGAACUGGCUUGGGAAAUAUUCUCCAGAUAUGCUAAACUCUUUACAGGACAAAUGUACUAAUUCUGAUCUUGAAGAGUUCCAAAAGGAUUUAAAUAUAAGAUUACCCCGGGCAGUAUCCGAAUUUUACAAAUUGACCGACGGACAAUCCAAUUUUGGUAGUAAUAACUUGAACGCUGGCGGGGAUUACGGAUUAAUGUUUGGACUCAAGUUGAUGUCCUUGGAUGAAAUUAUGAUCAUGACUGAAAAUUGGCGAAAAAUAGCCAGUGUCUUCAACAGUGAAAUUUCUCAAAUUAAACAAAGUGUCAACUAUCACGAAUUAGCAAAAUUGCCCACUUCUCAUGCUAUUUCAUCAUCCUCGACCAACUCAUACAAAUCUGAAGGACGUACAUCUUUAUCUUCAACAUCUUCAACCUCAAGUUCGGAAACUUUGUCUCAUUUUCACAUACCCAAACAAAGAUCAAUUCCUCCAGGAGCAAUUCAUGAAACAUUCGCUCACCCAAUGUGGAUACCGAUAAUCACAGAUGAAGUGGGUAAUUAUAUUGGAAUAGAUUUAUCACCACCGCCACAAGGCCGAGGAGUUUAUGGUCAAGUUAUUCUCUUUGGACGCGAAUUUGAUUUCAAGUUCAAAGUUGCCGAUAAUUGGGGUGAUUUCCUAUUAAUAUUUGCCAAUGAUUUAGAAAUUGGAAAUUGGGAACUUAAAACAAAUACCAAAAACAAUGAUGGAGAUUUAUUUAUUGGAAACGAAGGAGAAUUGGUUUAUAUCGAUAAAAACACGAAGUUGGAAAUACCUUAUUUGGAAGUGUUAAAAACCCGAGCUCUUAAGAAAUGGAUAAGUUCGCUAGAGAAUUCUGACGAUGAAGCCGGCAAACAAUUGCUCGAAGAGUUAAAUAACAGCAAGAUUUCCAUAUUAUCACUUAAUAAGAACUUCACCUCAGUUGACAGUUUCAUAAAUAAUAACUUAUCCGUCAUUGAUAGCCAACAGCAACAGCAACAUACCAGAGGCUCUUCACUUGCACCACCACAACCCCGAAAAACUUCCGGGUCAAAGAAGAGCCCAUUAUCCCAGGAGAUUACCCUAGAUGAAGAAAACUCCGAUGAUACUCUUCAAGAAAUAGACAUAUCCAAAUAAGUAGAACUUUUUUUUUUAUUAUAUGUAACGGUAUUUACUUACCAAAUAAUUCGUUGUAUGCUACCUGGUUCACUGUCCCAUGUGAAUUCAUAGUUAAAGAAUACGUACAUUGUAAUCAAGUUGAUUCCAUUGAGCCAAAUAAACUCAAUUACAUGAGAAUAUUCUUUCUUUGGCAUGAUAUAUAACCUGAACACGAGUAAUGGAACAAUAUAAUACCUCGGCUCGAACAAAGGUGAAGGAAUAAUCGUUAAUGCAAUGCUGACCAAGUAAGCUAGUACAGUUAUUGGUGAUAAUCUUCUGGAUCUUGAUAAUAACGACACUAUGUUGUAGGUGCUGAAAUGGUAUACCGGAAUAGUCACAAAACUGCUAUAUUUAUGACUUAGUAUCUUCUUAAAGAUGUAGAAUGUAUAAUGACGAUUAUCAGCAAGAAGGAAUGGAUGGACAAUUGUAAACUUGUCUAUAAUGAACUUGAUUCCAAACAUGGAGAUCACAUUGAAAACUACAUUCAUGCCAUAAUAACCACCAAUGAUAAACUUCAAAUAGUCUCUGACUCUAUGCGUGGUUAACCAAACCGGCCAGGUGAAGAAGUUAAUAAAUGCAAAACAAUAAAAGACCUGAACAACAUGAAAUUGCAUCUGGUGGUUCUCCUUAUCUCCAAAGGUAAUACCGCCGUUAAUCUUCAAAAAUAUAACAAAUAGAAUGAAAUUAACCACGAAUGGAAUAACCAGUAGCCAACUUCUAACUAUCUCAACAGUAAACUUACUUAUUCUACUCAUAAAUGUACGUUCUUUUACUUUAACGUCAACCAAAACGGCCAAGAUGAAAGCUAACCACACGAUAUUAGUUUGUCUAAACCAAAGACUGAUGAAUCCUAGUACUGCACUUAUCAAUGGGUACUGUUUAUGCUUAUAACUUACCAAGCUUAAUGAAGCGACUAUUAGAAUGGCAGACCAUACAUCUGUAUAAAACAAAAAGUAGUAAGUAAACAACAAAGGCUGUGAUAUUAAGUUUAUGGUCCAAAAAGAAGAUCCAGAGCCACUGCCUUGUUUGAAUUUAUGUAAUAUUAAAGGAAAUACAACCAAUCCCCCAACCAAAUUGAGCGAUCUCAACAAAUUGUAAUCUUUACAGUCUCCACCAAUGACGAAUUGUAAAGAUUUGGAAUAUACAAAUCCCAAUAAGUAUAAUCCAGGAGGUGUAGUUAUUUUAUUGUCCCAAUGGGUGAAGUUGUAGUUGCAAUAUACUUGACAUUGUCUCAAAUGAAAAAUCUCAUCAAUGAACGGCUGUUGAACUUCAGUGGACACUAAGUGUCGUACAACUAGACAAAAUGUAACAAAUAAAACAACACAAACAGAUUUUAUGCCAAUAUAGACAUAUGAUGGGAUUAGUAGAGCCAUACUGAAGUUUUAUAGCUCUUUUUGAGCUGAUUGUAUGAU